AUGUCUGCGAACAAGAACAUUUUCGCCAAAUACAACGGCGAUCCAGUUAUUGAGCCACCAGACAAGGAUGCAUGGUGGGUCACAGUGCCGGUCUACGCAGGCCUAAUGUUAGGAGGCAGUGAAUGGGUUAUGGAAUACGUAAUAAGAGAGAUCCAGAAUCGCAGGGCUACUGUUGAAGCUAAGUCCCAACACAUGUUGAAAGGUUCCCGGGCCAUGUCAAUUCCAGUUCCAGCUCACGAUAUUUCGCACGAAGAUACUGAGAGUAUUUUUGAUAGGGCAGAGAUAAUCGCCACCGGUUUUCUUGCUGAGAUUGUAAACGGAAGGGUGCUCAUCGAUGAGAAAAGGAUUGCGAUAUUCAAGAAUCGACGGGUUCGAAGGUCUAAGGAGAGACUUUGA